AUGCACAUCCGCGCGAGUCUCUUGCUGCUCUUUUGUUUCCCCGUCUUGUUAAACGCCGCAUCCUCCUCCGACAAAGGUGGCAGCGAUUCCUUGAUGUUGAGCUGUGGGUUGGACAAAAGCGGUGCCAAAGACAGCGACGGUAGACAAUGGAGCUCCGAUGAGAAGUACCUCUCAGAGAAUAACACCCUCACGUUCAAAGCCUCUUUCCAAGACCCUUCGCUUUUGUCCGAGGUUCCAUAUAUGACUGCACGAAUUUUCACCAGUAAAGCAUCCUACAAGUUCCCCAUCCAAGGUGACAAACGUUACUGGCUCAGGCUCCAUUUCUACCCCUCCUCUUACAACACCUUCGACCCCGUUGACUCUUAUUUCUCCGUCACCGCAAACGGCCUCAAGCUUCUUUCCAACUUCAGCGCCUCCGUCACGUGCCAAGCCCUCUCACAGGCCUACCUCGACCGAGAGUAUUCCCUUGCGCCUUUGGAUUCCGACACUCUCACCGUCACCUUCACGCCCUCUGACAAGCACGAUAAAGCUUUUGCUUUUAUUAAUGGGAUUCAGCUCAUCGAAAUGCCGGAGUUGUUUGACGAGGCUCCCUUGUUGGGUUUCGAUGACCAAACCAUGGAUACCAAGACUAUGCAUUUUCAGACCAUGUUCAGGUUAAACGUUGGAGGACAAUACAUCGCUCCAAAUAAUGAUUCUGGUCUAUCCAGAACGUGGUACGAUGAUACGCCUUAUAUUUAUGGUUCUGCCACUGGUGUCACCAACCAAGCUACCAAGGAAGAAAAAAUCGACUACAAAACCCAGCCAGAGUCCAUUGCUCCUGUCGAUAUCUACUCCACUUCCCGAUCCAUGGGAGCCAAUAAGGAUGUCAACAUGGGCUACAAUCUCACAUGGAUAUUCCAAGUUGACCCGGCUUCUAUGUAUCUUACCCGGUUGCAUUUCUGCGAAUAUCACUAUUCCAAACUAAAUCAGAUUGUUUUCAAAAUCUACAUCAACAACCGCACAGCGGAGACUGCUGCUGAUGUGAUUGGGUGGUCAGGAGGUCAAGGAGUGCCAACGUACAAGGAUUAUGUAUUAUAUGUGAAAGAUCAACCAGGUGAUGAUCAACUCUGGCUUGCUUUGCACCCUGCAAAUGAAUCAAAGCCAGAAUUUUAUGACGCGUUACUCAAUGGGGUGGAGGUGUUCAAGCUCAAUGACACAGACCUGUCUGGUCCCAAUCCCCAGCCUUCUGAAAUGCUGGUUCAACAUGAACACAAGUCAAAUACUUUCCAUAGAAAACAUGAGACUAGUAGGACUUUUGUUAUAAGCACUGCUGGGGGUGCUGCAGGUUUUGCCUUGGUGGCUGCAAUAGUUGUUGUUGCUCGUCGGCAAAAGAAAAAGAGAGCUCCGGGGACGUACACCGGCACGUCCAGCUGGCUGCCUCUUUAUGGCCAUUCGCACACAGCAGGCACCAAAUCCUCAGGAUCAGGGAAGAGUGUGGGCCAUUCCAACCUAACAGCCAUGACUCAAGGAUUGUGCCGCUAUUUCUCCUUACAUGAUAUGAAGCAAGCAACCAAGAAUUUCGAUGAAUCUAACGUGAUAGGGGUGGGAGGGUUUGGAAAGGUUUAUAAGGGUGUUAUUGAUAAUGGAUUCAAAGUUGCAAUCAAGAGAUCGAACCCGCAAUCAGAACAAGGAGUGAACGAGUUUCAGACAGAGAUUGAGAUGCUGUCCAAGUUGAGACACAAGCAUUUGGUGUCCUUGAUUGGUUUUUGCGAGGAGGGUGAUGAGAUGUGUCUGGUUUAUGACUACAUGGCUCUUGGCACCAUGAGGGAACACCUUUACAAGGGAAACAAGCCAUUAGACCUGCUAACAUGGAAGCAGAGGUUGGAGAUCUGCAUAGGAGCUGCAAGAGGCCUUCACUACCUUCACACUGGAGCAAAAUACACCAUCAUUCACAGAGAUGUCAAAACAACCAACAUUCUCCUUGAUGAAAACUGGGUUGCCAAGGUUUCAGAUUUUGGACUGUCCAAAACAGGUCCAAACAUGAAUCAAGGUCAUAUUAGUACAGUGGUGAAGGGUAGCUUUGGAUACUUGGAUCCCGAAUAUUUCAGGAGGCAACAGUUGACUGAGAAGUCUGAUGUGUACUCGUUUGGGGUGGUGCUGUUUGAGGCCCUUUGUGCAAGGCCUGCUCUCAACCCUAACCUUCCGAAGGAACAGGUAAGCCUUGCGGAAUGGGCAUUGUACAACAAAAGAAAAGGAAACCUUGAGGACAUCAUUGACCCCAGCAUCAAAGGGAAGAUGAACCCUGAAAGUUUGACCAAGUUUGCUGAUACAGCUGAGAAGUGUGUAUCUGAUAAUGGAUUCGAACGACCCUCCAUGAAUGACUUGUUGUGGAAUCUCGAAUUCGCUCUCAACUUGGAAAAAAACACAGAUGGUUCAACUGCUCCAGGUCGGGACGAAGGUGAGUUCUCAGAAGUAAGCUUGGAACACAACAGGGCCGCUCAUUACAAAAACCUCAGCCUUGAAAGCGAGAAAGGGCUUAGCCAAGACUCCGGUAAUGGUAGCUCUGCUGUCAUCUUCUCUCAAAUUACCAAUGCAACAGGACGAUGAACAUAAACCACUAUAGAAGACGGGUUCAGGAUUACAGAACCAGCUUUUAGCGUUUGUUUUAGAGUACACUGUACACAGUUUCUUCUACAGUUGUCCCUUUAAAUAGCUCACUAAGUCUGAUUGUCUAUAGCCCAAUAGCAACUCGUUGUACA